AUGAAUCUAAACAAUGGACCAAAUUAUCUUGCACAUGUUGAUGGGUACAAGUUGAAGCCAUUUGGCUUCGCUAUACAUGGUGCAAUGUGUGGAUUUUCAAGACGAAUACUAUGGCUUAAAGUUGCAAGAACAAACAAUAACUUCUUUGUUGUAGCAUCAUAUUUCUUGAAAUACCUGGAGGAAAUAAAUAGUGCUCCAAGGUGUGUGAGACUUGAUGCUGGAACUGAGAAUAUAUACAUUGAGGACAUUCAAAAAUCCUUCCGUUGGUACGAUAAUGAUGACAAGUGUGGAGAAAAGAGUGUAAUCAAAGGAAGAUCAAUGUCUAACCAGAGAAUUGAACGCUGGUGGAGAACACUGAGAGAGAUGGGCAUCUCCUUCUGGAUACACUUGUUCAAAGACAUGGAAGACCAAGGGAUGUUCUCAUCAGCAAAUAACGAGCACAUAGAAUGCCUUCGCUUCUGUUUUAUGAAAAUCAUCCAACAAGAACUUGAUCAAAUAAAAACAGAAUGGAAUAACCAUUACAUCAGAGGACAAGGACGCUAUGAUGAUGAUGGAAGUCUCCCAGGAAAACCAGAAAUGAUGUUUUUCCACCCUGAAAUUUUUGGUGAAGUAGAUUAUAAAUUUCCAGUGGAUAUUCAUGACGUGCUAGAGUUUCAAAGAUUAUUUCCUAGUCCAAGCUCGACAGGAUGUUGUGAGGACAAUGCAGCAUUCUUUGAUCAUUUGCUUUUGGAGGGUGGGAGAACUGUUCCAAACACCACUGAGAAGGCCAUGGAGGCUUUGAAGUACUUGGUUGAAAAGUUGUAA